AUGAUGCUGAAGCUGUGGAAAUGGUACCAGAACUGCCUCUCUUUUCACCCACUGAAGACUCAGGUCAUCAGCUCCGGCGUCCUCUGGGGCGUUGGCGACAUUGCUGCUCAAUACAUCACUCACUCCAACGCAAGAAAGCGUCUUCAACUUUCUGAUACAGAUGCAGACUUCAAAGUUAACUGGAAACGCGUAGCUAUAACAAGCACUUUUGGGUUUGCCUUUGUUGGACCAGUUGGCCAUUUCUGGUACGAAGGCUUGGACAAAUUUAUAAAGCUGAAGCUUCACCUACAACCUAAGUCAGCGCGGUUUGUUGCUGCUAAAGUGGCAAUGGAUGGCCUUAUCUUUGGCCCUUUGGAUUUGUUGGUGUUUUUCACUUACAUGGGAUUUUCCACUGGCAAGAAUUCUGUUCAAGUGAAGGAAGAUUUGAAGAGAGAUUUCCUGCCAGCCCUUGCUUUGGAGGGUGGUGUGUGGCCAAUUGUUCAGAUUGCAAAUUUCCGAUAUGUUCCUGUGAGGUACCAACUCCUCUAUGUUAAUGUCUUCUGCCUGUUGGACAGUGCAUUUUUGUCAUGGGUCGAGCAACAAAAGGAUGCUGCUUGGAAGCAGUGGUUCACAUCUUUUACUUCUUUUAAGGAAGGAGGAGGUCAGGGAAGAUUAUGA